AUGAAUCCUAUGCUCGAUCCGACUUCCAUUGAAUCUCUCACUACCGCGUCGUACUUCCUUUUCGAUGAAUUACGCUCAGAAGAUAUCGAUGCAGCCGGCCAUGAUACUUCAGGUAUUCAAACCGCCGCAUCGACCUCUUCGGGCGCUGGCUUAGCAGGGACGCCGGUUUCUAACCCCUUGCCGUCGACCAGGUAUUCGACGCCUACAACACGGUGGACUGCACUGACCACUCGCGACUCGGACGCAAGCGAUGCGUUCAUCUAUGCAGUACGAACCACAGGGAUCUAUUGCAGACCCGACUGCAGUGCCCGACUUGCGCGAAGAGCCAACGUCGAGUUCUUCGACACUCCAGACCAGGCUCUGAAAGCUGGUUACAGGCCGUGCAAACGGUGCAAGCCAGGGCGAGGAUCGCCCAGCGUAACGAGCUGUUCGACGCCCCAUGAGACCGAAAAGACAGGAUCUGUCGACCCGCCCGUCACAGUUGAAACAUCACGGCAACGUCCUGACCCGGACGACAUUCGAUUUAAAAUCCAUCAGACUGCAGAACUCGUCCGGCAUGCUGCCAUGCAGGGCAAACAACUGAGUCUUUCACAACUGUCCAAAGAAGUGGGCUUAAGCAAAUGGCACCUUCAACGUGUCUUCAAGAAACUGCAGGGCAUGACUCCGCGGGAAAUGGCAGAAAACCUCCAGCGAAGAGGGAGCGACAGCCACGUCACAGAUCGAAAUGUCAAAUCUCAUGAUCUACCCGAGCUAGAGUUCAGCAACGACAUAGAUCUCGGAGCGAGCUUUACAUUUGACACUAACAACCACGCCUCAUCUGAACCACUUAGACAACUGUCUCCUCAAUCUACAGAGACAACGGGAAGCGCUUGUACGCCAUCAAGUUGGUCGGACGACAAUGUGUUCAACAACCAAUUCAACUCGCCCGCUAGCGGCAGGCCUUGCGCUCUGGAACCGGAUGUUGAGAUGUUGUUGAGUGAACUAUUCCCCGAACUUGCGAGCAACAACGCAGAUAUUCCGCCCAAACAUGUCCAGCAGGCCCUAACGCCACCUAGUGUUCAGUAGACAGGCAGACAGAUAGUGGUUGUUAAAAACAAAUUCUAAAAUGCAUACCUCGUG